GCUGUCGACAGGAAGCGAUGAGGGAAUGACUGAUGCAUUAGGAAAAUGUAGCAUGGUUUUUUUUUUUUUUUUUUUUUUUAGUGCGGUGCAGAUCUGCCAACUGCAUCCCUCGAAUCAGAAGCGGUGGCAGCCCGCCAGCGACGACGACGGAGGACGAAGCUAAGCCUGCAUGAUGCUCUGUAACCCAAGCAGGCGCCUUCGGUCACCAUUCACGGACUGCCCACCAUCAGGCCCACUGUCUCCCUCCUCCGCCCUCCUCCACCCAACCGUCACGAUGGCCUUGUGGAGGAAACACGCGAGCGCCCCCAAACUUAGGACGGUCGGAGUCGGAGCCGGAGUCGGAGUCGGAUCUGGACCGGAUGGAGAAAUGGAGACACUCUGGAAUCCUGGCCCAUGCAACGACCCGCUGCCUGGUUGGGUUGGCGAGGAGGAUGAGAAUUUGAUUCCUGUACUCGGUACUCGGUACUCUGUACUCGGGGCUGGAAUGGAAAUCUCAACGGCUCGUGGGAGGAGCCGGAUGCCACCUUCCCCUCUGCCAAACCAUCAUCCAUCAUCCAGUGAUAGCUUCUGGUGCAGCGUGCAGCGCUGGGCCGCCGUGACAGGACAGGGGACCCCCCCCCGGCUGGUGGAGCCGGGCGCCCACUCAAUCACCGGCCACGAGAUUAUUAUGGAUGGACUCCUCCGGACGGAGUACUUCCUACGGAGUACUUGCACAGUACUAGCAGUCGACUGGACGGGGUCGCUCGUGCAGGAUUAGGCCAUGUGCGUUCAUCUAUUUGACACCCACCGGGGCCUUCCAGCACCUGCCCAACACGGUCUAGGAGGCAUCUUUCUUUAUCCAGGCGACUGACGAAGCCGCCGCCCCUGCAGCUGCUGAAGGAUGUUCUCCCCGAGGCUGUCAGCUCACAGCUGAUG